AUGUCACUUGGCCAAAUGGAGCCAUACGCCCAUUUUAAGUAUAUGCCGUUAGACGUGUCAAAAAAUACAACCCGGGUGGUCACAAUACUUCAAGGAAAUCAUGAAUCACCGAUUCAGUGCACAAUUACGGAGAUGAACCUUGAUUGUCCCCCGCCAUAUUGCGCCCUAUCGUACGUUUGGGGUAGUCCUUCAAGAGUUUCUAAGAUUCUCCUGGACCAAAAGGAAAUGGCCAUCACGCACAACCUUCAUACUGCUUUAAAGCACCUCCGCUCGCACGAGGAGGAUAAAACAUUCUGGAUCGAUGCGUUAUGUAUCGAUCAACUGAAUAUGUUAGAAAGAAAAUCUCAGGUUCAAAAGAUGCGAGAAAUAUAUGGGCGGUCUACCUCGGUCCUGAUCUGGCUUGGAGCUGACGACGAUGAAAGUGCCUCGGCGUUUACAUUGGCUUCAACGAUUGGAGAAUACUGGCUGAAACAGGGAGUCAGAAUAGACAACGCCGAGUCAGAGUUUCGCAAUAGAAGUAAAGAAGAGUUGGCGCGUUUAUUGGACGACUGCAACUGCAAGUUCGAUUCUAGUCCCGUAGAAGAGUUUCGAUUGCUGCUCGCCAGGGAUUGGUUUCAACGAGUCUGGAUCCUUCAAGAAGCAGCGGCACCUGUUAAUUCGAAGACAAUACAGUGCGGAAAUUCCACUAUCGACUGGUGGGGCUUUCUUAUCACUGCUGCUUUUCUUUCUCAUGCAGUUAUCAGGCCUGACCUAAAGGACUACUUCAAUAAUGUCAAGCCUUUUGGCUCAGUCUCCAUGCGUGGCCUUUUCAAUUUGGCGCAUCUCCAGAGAAAGCUGAAUGAGGGGCGGUACAGCACCGAUCUGCUUGCUACUCUUGCAAGCUAUCGACACUUUAAGGCUACUGAUCCAAGAGACAAGGUGUACGCCUUGUUGGGUUUAGUAAACCAAGUCUUGAAACAGUCGAUCGUUCCCGACUACUCCCUUGACCUCCCAAGCGUUUAUCUGAAAGUAGCCGAAUACUUUAUUAUACAACAAGGUUCUAUUAAGUGUCUUGGCUACUGUAAUCCGUCGUUCCGAGACCCAGAUCUACCCUCUUGGGUUCCAGAUUGGCGUAACCCUGGCGUAAGCCAUCCUUUGGCCGUAUAUCCAGAGCAUAGAGCAGAAAUUGACGAUCUUGGUCACGUCAUACCACCUAUCUAUUUGGCAAGUGGAGAGGGAACAUUUCGGAAAGCACACAUGGGCGUCUCAGUACGUGAGAAACAGCUAGUGAUUGAGGGAGUCUGCCUCGGCACGGCUACAAUCGUUGGUCUUCCCAACUAUCUGGAUGCAUCCAAUAUUCAUAUGGGUGAUAUAUUGAGGGGAUGGGAGCCAAAAAACCUUCAAGGAAUUUAUGAGCCAACUGGAGAGACUGUUGCUGAAGCUUUCAGCCGGACUCUUGUGGCCGAUGUCGCUAAGAAGGGCCGCUCUAGGAAGAGGGGCUUCAAACUGGAGUGGAAUUUUUGGAGGUCUGUUGAUGACUUCUCGCGGCCCCCACCACUAGAUCGUCCACGCCUUGAAUGGGGUUCCCUUCUCUAUGCAACUGCUGGCCGUGGUUGUGUCUGGUUAGAUAGCGGAUACUUGUGCUUAGCUCCUGGGGAGACCAAGCCAGGCGAUUAUAUGUGUAUACUUCUCGGUGGUCACGUUGCCUAUACACUCCGUCCUAUCGAUGGAAAGUUUCACCUUGUCGGUGAGUGCUAUGUUCAUGGGUUUAUGGAUGGGCAAGCCAUUGAUCUCCUAGAAGCUGGAAGAUUUAAGAGUCAAACCUUCGUAAUAGAAUGA